AAAGAAGAAGAAGAAGAAGGAGGAGAAGAAGAAGAACAAGAACGAGUUAAACCCACCUCGAGCCACAUUUACUGUAGCCUACAUUAGACAACAAUGUGUUCAGUUGAGUCUUUGAGAGAGUUUGUCAACGAGCGACUAACUGCUGCUGCUGAAGAAAUAUUGGGAGUUUUUCGAAGAAGCAUCGUCGAGUACGAGGAAGAGAUCGAUCGUCAGCGCAGACUGUUGGAUAUCGUUUUGAAGCCUGAAAUAAAGUUACACAGGACAGAGCUCCCACAGCAACAUGUGUGUAAGGAGGAGGAGGUUGUCCCUGAGCAGCAGCUCUGUAUUGAGGAGAGGAAGUCCAGUGUGGACCAAGAGGAGCCAGAGCCUCCACAGAUUAAAGAGGAAGAGGAGGAAGUGUGCAGCAGUCAGGAGGGAGAGCAGCUUGUAGUGAAGCAGGAGACUGAUGGCUUUAUGUUGACUCCUGCUGAUGAGGAAAGUGAGCAGAGUGAAGAUCAGACUCUGGACUUCAUUCAUGAUGACACUCAAAGUGCAGCAGAGAAAGAGUCUGUUGUCAUUAUACCAGUUAUAAGCUCUGUGAUAUCAGAAGCAACCAGUGAGCACCAGCUGCUCUGUCACAACUCUCAUGUAGCUGAGAGCCAAGAUGAGGAAGAAUACCAGCAUGGAGACUCAGGACCAACUAGAAACACAGAGCUUCAAGCAGAGAAAAGACAUCAUGAAAGUGAAAUGAACAGUAACAGUCCACACACCUCUGCUGUGAUAAACUUAAAUACAGGUAAAAAGCCUUUAAAAUGUGACAUAUGUGGGAAAGUUUUUGAGUGCAAGUCAAAAUUGCAGAGACACUUGAACAGCCACACAGGUGAGAAGCCGUACCUUUGCAAGACCUGCGGGAAAAGAUUCAGUGACGCAUCAGUAUUGAAAAGGCAUUGUAGAAUCCACACAG